GGAGGGCCCACAACUUCACACAUACACUGUGUCAAAGUCAAACUCCAACCACUCCCAUCUUUUAUCUCUCUCCCUUACCCAUUUCGUCGGUUCCUCCCCACCACCUGCCUUCUUCUUCUUCUCUCUCCUUCUUUCUGACCCUCUCUGCAACAAAGCCAAAUCCCAAAAUGACAGCCAUGAGCAACCUCAGCUCAGACGUCACAGAGCUCAUAUUCUCCUACCUCCCAAUCCCAACCCUCAUCCGCGCCUCCACCGUCUGCAAGCUCUGGCACUCCAUCAUCUCCUCCUCCACCUUCUCCCAGCUCUCCACCCAAUCCCAGAAAUACCCCUGGUUCUUCCUCUACGGCAUCCACAACACCUCCUCCAACUUCAACCAGUCCUUCGCCUUCGACCCAGUCUCCAAUCGCUGGUUCCGCCUCCCCUCCCCCACCUUCCCUUCCCAGUCCUCCUCCUUCCUCGGCGUAGAUGGCUUCUUCCUCAUCACCGCCCCAUUCUUCACCUUCUCCCCAAUCCUCAAGCGCCAUUUGCACUCUACCUCCCCUCUCCGCUUCUCCCGCAUCAACCCCCUUGUCGGCGUCUUCGACUCUGGCUCGUCGUCUCCGCCAAGCUUCAUCGUCGUCGGCGGCGUCCGCUUCAUCGGCAAUUUGGUCGACAUCGAGGACCGUUUGGCUGUGGAGAUUUACAAUCCCAAUUCCGAUUCUUGGCUCCUCUGCCCUCCUCUCCCCGCCGAUUUCCGCUCCGGCAACUCGUCCCAGAGUCUCUCAUCGGCCCUCUUCAAGCGUCGGUUCUACGUCUUCGGCAUCUACUCCUGCUUCAUUUCCUCAUUUGAUCUCCACACCCAUCUCUGGAGCGAGGUCCAGACUCUCCGCCCACCCGGGGUCGUCUUCUCCUUCUUGAUUUCCUGCAUGGACCGGCUCGUUCUAGCUGGAAUCUGCAACGGCCCUCUUGGGUCCUCCUUCAAUUUGUGGAAGAUCGAGGAGGCCACCAUGGAGUUCAGCGAGAUUGCGAUCAUGCCUCAUGACUUGUUGUAUGGGUUGUUCGAUGGGGAUGAAGAAGACAAGUUUGCAAGCUUGAAAUGCGUGGGGCUGGGCAAUCUGAUAUACGUGUUCAAUGAGGAGUAUCACAAGAAGUACCCAGCUUGUAUCUGUGAGAUUAGCAGUGAGGAUGGGAAGUGUAGAUGGAGGAAAGUGCCCCAAUUGCCUUCCCCUGUUAAUAAGUUCCAUAAAGUUGUUAGCUUUUCGUCCACGGUUUCGCUUCAUAGUAUUCUUCAGAGUGAAGGAGGAGGAGAUGAUGUUGCCCCUGUGCAGCCCAUGUUUGACUGAUAUUUGCUUCCUCAAUUUCUUGAUGGCAGGGUUACUUGGCCAAGAAAAAAUAUCAUUUUUCAAAUUUGUAGAUAAUGCUGGAGGGUGGUCCUUUUAUAUCACCUAGCAUCUUGUUGUCCUUUAUGUAGACGAUGUUUAAGAAGCUUGUAUACAACAGACGAGCAAAUUAAAUCAUGGCAGGACUAACGUCGAUGUUUAUCUACCUUCUCGUCCGUCCCGGUUAAAGACAUCCUCACUCCUUGUAUUAUUCUGCUUAAUUUCGUAGCAUCUGUAUAAUAAGUACUCUUAUUGUUUGUGUUAUCAUUUGAUGUCAA